CUCAGCAAACUUGUGGACACAAAACCAAAAACUUGGGUCGAGUAUCUAGAUGCCAUUAUGUUUGGGCUCCGAACCAAAAAGCAAAUUACGACGUCAUACUCCCCUUUUUUUCAAUGUUUGAGAGAGAGUCCCGCUACCCAUCAGAGGUCCCUGAUCACCACAGGUUGGACAGCAGUGUUGAGGCCAUUGUGGGAGAGGAAGCUCUGGAGGAGGACAUUGAGCAACUGGAGAGCGUGAGGGAUAUUGUGCUCAGCAAUGUGGCAAAGCAGCAGGAGAGCUCCAGGCUGACAACAGGUGCACCAAAGGCAAAUCUCAAAGUUGGAGAGCAGGUCUGGCGGCAGAACGUCAGGAACCAGGAGAGGAAGGGUGGGAAGUUGGAGGCAAACUUCCUGGGCCCGUAUACAAUAACAGCACUGGAGGGCAAAAGUGCAGAUCUGGAAGGAAAAAAUGGUGCAGUUUUCCGGAGGGGGAACAUUGACCACCUCGUCAAGGUGAGGCAUGAAGUGCAGCGUAUACCUCAUAAAAUAGAAUCUUCUACACCACUUCAGACACCCGCUGCUUCAUAUCCAGCCAAGACACACCACCCAACCGUCAUUUGUCUGAAGACACACCGCCCCACUGUCAUUUGUCUGGCCAAAUCCACCAUAACAGCACCUCCAGCUGCACCACUGCACCAGCCUCCUGACCUCCACCUCCGCCAGCCUCCUCACCUCCACCUCCGCCAGCCUCCUCACCUCUAG